GGCGGGCAUAUCUGCAGUGUAACAGUGUGCACGUUUCAUUCAGACUCCAGGUAUAGCACUCCAGGCGCCCAACCCGAAAAUAGCCUUAGCCCAAGCUGCCUUAUGUUAUGUAGCCAUCUUUGAUUGUUUUCCCCCGUCGGGCGCCGUCCAAGUGUUCCGGUGAUAGCAACAGAACAACAGCGGCAAAAAUCGCCGAAAUCUAAGAAACGAUGUCGUCGUCUUCGCCGCCUUCUCCUUCAAGCUCAAGAGCUCAGUCACAGAUACAGUCACCUCCAUACCCAAGCGCAGCCAAAAUCUCUGAUUCUCAAUGCUACCCUCAAUAUACUGCUUCUCUCAAGUGCUUAGAAGAAUUUAAUGCAGAUAAAAGUAAAUGUCAGCAACAUUUUGAUGUUUACAAGGAAUGCAAGAAGAAGGAGAGGGAAGCUCGGCUGGAGCGAAAUAGGAGUAGAUCUUUCUUCUCUUGAAUUUGCGUUUCCUGACAUUCACUUCUUCUUCUGAGUAACAGAUAUAAUGUACUUCUGAAGCCUUCUGAUAUUUCUUGUGGCACGUAUUUUGAUCAGAGUGUACGGUUGCCAAUUGUAGGCUUUAUUGGACAUGUAAAAAUUAAUAAAAAUCUUAUAAAUCUGUUUUUGCAUCAAAA